AUGAUCUCUGCUUCGGUCAGUGCCUAUACUGCGCCUGCACUUAUGACCGUUUGUUUACUUACUGAUUAUUGGAUAUAUGGAAAACAAACAAGAUUACCACAAAAUCAAAUAGUAAAAGCGGGCGAUACAAAAAUUUUAAAUUAUACUUAUCAUCGAAUUGGUCUUUGGCGAGAAUGCAUGAGAGAAGCAAUAGAUAUUCCGUAUACAUGUGAGAUAGUUAAAUAUUCGAAAACAGAAGCAAAAUUAGAAAAAGGUUUUAAAGCUGUAUCAUAUCGAUCAGCACCAAGUAUGGCUUGUUUUAUAGCUGCAUCUGCUCUUUUAAUAUUGGCUAUUUUUUUGUUUACUCGUGGUCUUUGUUUGCUAACAAUGGUUGGUGUUACCUUAUACGUUUCAAUUACAACUGAAGAAUCCGUUAAAAUUGAUCAAGAGGUUCAGGUGAUGUAUUGUUUCUAUGGAUAUUCAUUCCUGUGUGCCAUUUUAUCAUUUGUUUUGCAAGAAUUAACUGGUGUUUUAACUGUUUAUUGGUUUAUUUAUCGAUUUCGUGCACUUGUACGUAAACAAGAAAAAUUACGCGAACGAACUCGUCAACUUAUGGGUAAUUGUUUAUCAAUGACAACUGCUUUACCAUUAAACCUUGCUUCAAUGUCUCCAAUGAAUAAUAAUACAACAUCGACAGCAAAUCGUUCAAAUCAAAAUCAUGUACGUUAUCAACAUGCACCGAAUGAUGCAUCAAAUCCUUUAGUACAUAAACAACAACAACAAAGAAGACGUAUACCAUUUGAUAAAUCGUAUUCACCGCAACCAUUACAGCGAAUUGAUAAAGUACAUUACACAGCAAUUGCACCGGUACGAUCACCAACACUUACUUAUGGAGAUUAUUGUCGUGUUCUAAUUCGUACCGAAGAUAUGGAUUUACUUACACAAAUGGUUAAAUCAAAAUCUCAAGCACAAUUAUUAGCCAAUUCAAGACCAACAACACCAGCCCCCACAAUUAAUACAAAAAUCUCAGCAAAUUCACAUAUAUCAAGACAAAAUAAUGAUAAUACAACACGACGAAAUACAAGAAAAGGCGUUAAACGGACUACAUCUGUUUAA